AUGUCGUCGCGCAUUCCAAUAUCUUCCAGCCACUCUGCAGAUCCAGAAAAGCAGAUUGCCGGCUCCGAGAUUGCUUACUAUUUGUCGCGCAUGUUGGUCAGCGGAGACAUGAGUGAUGUGAAGUUCGCUGUCUCCAAUGAUUCUGGAGAUGUGAAAAUUCUUUCAGCACAUAGAAACAUUUUAAGCAUCCGGAGCGACGUAUUCCGUACGAUGUUUCAUGGAAGCUUACCAGAAAAAUGUCAAGAAGCCAUUGUCAUUUCCGACACCGAUGCACAAGCUUUUGCUAGUAUGCUAAGUUACAUCUACACCGAUGCGCAGGUGAUUCUCAACGCGGAACAUGCCUUUCGAACACUGGCGUGCGCCGACAAAUACGACCUACCAGGCUUGAUUCGCAUGUGCGCCAAAUUUAUCACCGACGAUAGCAGGAAAAGCGCGCUGAACUGGAACACUCCGGAUAUUGUGGAAGGGUGUCUUUCCGUGGUGGAUGCGACCAGUGUGGAUGUGCUGCAGUCGGAUGUCUUCACUACGGUAGGAGCGGAUAUUCUGCAGUUAAUUCUGCAGCGAGACACGUUGUGCAAUGAAGAGCACAUCAUUUAUUUGGCGGCUAAGAAAUGGGCAAAAGAGGCCUGCAGCCGCGCGGCCGUGGAUCCAUCCGGCACUAAUCAGCGAGUGAUGCUGGGCGCAGCAUUGCACCUUGUCCGAUUUCCGCUCUUAACCGAUGCUCAGCUGUUGGAUGGACCGGCUAAGACCGGUUUGCUGUUAAAAUCGGAGCUAUGGGACAUCUUCCACCACAAGCACGCUGCAGUUAAACCGGAUCUGCCGUUCCGCAUGGACGCCCGACAAAAUGAUUCACGCGCAGAGGGGGUCAUAAAUUAUACGGUUCCUGAUUUGAGGCAGUUGACUGAAACAUUUACGUUCAGCCCUCCUAUCAGAGUCAGGGGCGUGCCCUGGAGGAUCAUGGAACUACUGGAUACGGCAAACGGAUAUGUUAAUCCGAGUGAUUUCUCGUUGAAAUUGCAGGUCUAUUUGAUUGCUGACCUGCCUGUUGGGAUUGAACCCGAAUAA